AGUUUAAUUUUAUAUAAAAAAUUUUAGAAAAAAACAUGAAUAAAAAUUCUAAAAGUCAAGAAAAAUUAUUAUAUAAAUUGAAUGAAUAUCUUUUAAAAUUUCAAAAAACUUUUAAGACAAAGUUAAAUGAAAACUUUGUCUUAAAUAAUGAAAUUCUAAGAUUAGAAAAUUAUUUACUAGAAGAAAUUGAAAAUCUUAAAGAAGAAUUAGAUAAAAUUCAACAAAAUAAAUGUAUUUUAGAUCUUCCUAUAUCUGAGAUAGAAGAUAAACUUUAUCAAGAAAUUAUUCAUAGAAGAAAAAUUGAGCAUGAUAUGAUUUGUUUAUCUGUUUUUGAAGAAAAUGAUAUUGAAAAUCUAAAAAUUGAGAAAGAAGAAUUUGAAAAAAUGAUAGAAAAAAAAGAGAAAGAUGCUUUAGAAGAGUUUAAAGAUAAGCUGAGUAAAAUUGUAACUAGCACCGAAUAAAUUUAAGAAUUAUUUAUGUUAUGACUGUAGGAGUACAAGUGCCAAUAUAUUCUUUAAGAUUUAAUAAUGAUAAUGAAUAUUCAAACAAUCCCCAAAGCACAUCUUGUAGUUUUAAAUGAAAUUUUUGUCUAUCUGCUUCGUAUUUUUCAAUAUAUAUCCUAUGUUUAAUAAGA